GUUUGACAUUCAGUCAAGUCAGCAUUUUAACCAAGAAGACCUGUCUCAGCCUUCAUUCAGAGAAAAAAGGGCACAAUCAUCCAGGCUGUGAAAGCAUUAAAGAAGAAUGGAUAUUAGUAUCAAAUUAUCAAUUAUAGCCUUAAUAUGCUUAUCAAGAGGACUUUGCCAGUAUGAGGGCUACGACUAUGAAACGGAUUAUGAUCCAGAACCCAAUGAACCAUAUCAUCCACCAGUUCAGUUCACACAAAAUGUAGACUAUAGUGACCCACAAAUAAUUUACACAAAUGACUGUGCUAGAGAAUGCUUCUGUCCACCAGGCCUAAUUAUGUACUGUGACAAUCGAAAGCUUAAGAAUAUUCCAAAAAUUCCGUCCCGUAUUCAACAGCUUUACCUACAGUUCAAUGAUAUUGAAGCUGUGACUAUGAAGUCUUUUAUAAAUGCUACUUCCUUGAAGGAAAUUAAUCUGAGUCAUAACAAAAUUAAAUCAAACAAGAUUGAAGUUGGUGUGUUUGCAAAGCUUCGAAAACUGGAGCAAAUCUUUAUGCAUCACAAUGAUUUAGAGGAGAUUCCAUUUGAUCUUCCCGGUUCUGUAGAGAGACUGUCCCUUGCCUUUAACAAGAUUGUCAGAAUAAAUGAUGAUGAUCUGCAGGGACUAGUAAAGUUAACCAUGCUUGAUCUGUGCAAUAACCACAUUGAUAAUGUUAAAUCAAAGACUUUGAACAAACUUGGGAGACUUAUGCAACUAAACAUGUGCAACAAUAAAUUGCAUUUCAUGCCUGCAAGUCUACCACCAUCUCUCAUGUAUUUAUCAAUUGAGAACAAUUCAAUCUCCAACAUCCCUGAUGAUUAUUUUACAAAUCUUCCAAAUCUACUAGCAGUUCGUAUGUCACACAACAACCUAGAGGAAAUCCCUACAAAGAUGUUUAACCUUCCUAAUCUUGUGGAAUUAAACCUGGGUCAUAACAAGCUACAACACGUUUUCUUCAUCCCAAGAUCACUUCAGCACUUGUACAUUGAGGACAAUGAGUUGGAAAGUUUAAAUAUGACAAUAAUGUGUCCAAAAAUUGAUCACUCCAACACCAAUCGCCUAACAUACCUCCGUGUAGAUCAAAACAAGUUAAAGGCUCCGAUAAGCACUUUUGCUUACCUUUGUUUCCCAAACAUGCAACGCAUUUAUUAUGGUGAACAGAAACACGCUGAAGGUGAAACUCCAAAGGUACAGGAGCCUAUGCUUACCCAUCCCUCAGUGUCAGAAGAAGAGGAUGAAGAUGAAGAUGACGAUGACAGAGAAGGCAUUGCUGAAUAUCGCCAUGAAGAAUAUGGAGUAGAAGAUAACUUUAAUUAUUACUCAUAUUGAUCAUUAUCUGGAUAAUCACUCCAGUAACGUAAUACACGAAAACUUUAAAAAUAAU